UCACAUCACAUAUCCGCUGCUUGAUUUUUAGUCUUUGUUGACCUUCUCUCUCUCUCUCUCUCUCUCUCUCUCUCCCUCUAGAGUGGUAUAAGUUUGCUCUCUCUGAAGAAAUCUUCAGAAUUUGUGAUUUGUCAAUAAAAAUGGCAAGGACGCUCAUGAAUGCGGUCCAGUAUGACUCUUAUGGGGGAGGAGUUGCUGGUUUGAAGCAUGUCGAAAUUCCUGUUCCUGCUCUGAAAAAGGGUGAGAUUUUGCUAAAACUGGAAGCAGCAAGCUUAAAUCCAGUUGAUUGGAAAAUUCAAGAAGGCCUCAUGCCUCCUAAUUUAAUUCCUCGCAAACUUCCUUUCAUACCUGCAUCUGAUAUAGCAGGAGAAGUAGUGGAGGUUGGGACUGGAGUCACAAAAUUUAAAGUUGGUGACAAAGUUGUAUCCUAUCUUGGUUUUACUAGUGGAGGUGGACUAGCUGAGUUUGCUGUGGCUAGUGAGACAAUGACAGUUCCAAGGCCACCUGAGGUAUCAGCAGCAGAAGCCGCGGGCUUACCUAUCGCUGCUCUUACAGCUCACCAGGCCCUUACCCAACCGGCAGGGGUCAAGCUCGACGGAACUGGCCCCAAAAAAAAUAUUCUGAUCACGGCUGCAUCUGGCGGUGUCGGACACUACGCAGUUCAACUUGCAAAGCUUGGAAAUACGCACGUGACGGCCACUUGUGGAGCUCGCAACCUCAAUUUCGUGAAGAGCUUAGGUGCCGACGAGAUUAUUGACUACAAAACAGCCGAGGGACAAGCUCUGAAGAGCCCAUCGGACAAGAAAUAUGACGUUGUCGUCCAGUGUGCCACGGGCUUUCCUUGGUCGACUUUCGAGCCUUGUCUGAGCGAAAACGGGAUGGUAAUCGAUUUGACUCCCAGUCCGAGUGCCAUGAUGAACUUUGAAAUGCAGAAACUCACGUUCUCUAAGAAGCAGCUUGUGCCAAUGUAUUGCGUACCCACAGUUGAGAACCUUGAGUAUGUCGUGAAGUUGUUGAAGGAAGGGAAGCUUAAGACAGUGAUAGACUCAAAGUAUCCUGUGAGUAAGGCUGAAGAAGCUUGGGCUAAGAUCAUGGAUGGUCAUGCUACAGGGAAAAUCAUAGUGGAGUUCUAAGAUAUAAUAUAUGUAAUUAGUUUGGUUGUUUUGUUUUUGUUUAUGUCAUUAUAGAAGGGGGUAUGAAUGUGAUCUAUGUUUUAUACAUGAAUGAAUGUGUUGUGUACUGCAUUAAGUUAGUUAAGGUAUU